AAACCCAACCCGUUUUUGUAAAAUCCAGUAAAAUAUGGAUCUUCUUCUUCCUUCGCACUACAACCUCGAGAGGUCUUGGUCUUGGCCUGCCAUUUCUGGCUUUCUGUGACUUGAGGCGGUCUGGAUGGGCCCUGCCGUGUAAAGAUCGGCAAGCGUACCGCCCCAUUCAUCCUCAAAAAUAUGGAUACAUGUAGGAAAUAUUCGGUUACAUGGUAGUCCAAGUUGUCAAUUAUUAUUAUUGAAAACCCAUGUAAAAGAAGGAAAUUCUUCUACUCUGCCGCGACUCUACUAAGUCGUUAGGUCUUGGCAUAUUUUUGGCUUCUACAUUUUGGGUUGAGCCUACUAUUUCUGGCUACCACGACUUGACUGGUGCGGUCACCUUUGAAAACAUCAGAGCAAAAAGUAGCUAAAAGUGGGAUGUAUAGGGAUUUUCCGGCGAAUGUCGAGUGGUAUUAUAAUUGCUUUUAAACAUAUUUAUAACGGCUAUAACGUGCAGUUGCCUCGGUAAAUCGCAAUACUUGUUCAAUGGACUUACUCUUCUUAUCUUUCAAGAGGAAUUCGCAUAGAAUUAUAUUCAAGAACAUAAAACCAUGCGAGAGGUAUUGCGUUUUCUUUAAAUACGGACUUCAAAAUGUAAGCGAUAAUAUCAUAAAAUAAAUAGAUACAAACUAGAACACGUGCUCUCAUAGCUGAUUGAUUUCUAGACAUGGAUUUACAGUCAGCGAAUUUGCGGUAAAUGUAUUGCAUUCUGAUCUGGGAGUACUUUCGCAUAAGACCACUUGAACCGUUAGUGCGAUUGAACAUUUAUCUAACAAGUGGCACUGGAAAAAAUCACAAGAGGGCAAUGUAUACUUUCCUAUGAUUGAAGGUGGAAAUGAAUCCGAGUUUGCAUUUGAUCGAUUAUCAUUCAACGUCGGUGAGCUAUAGUGUUCGGAUGUAAAAAGUGUUCUAAGCAUGGCGACACAAUACGAUCCUCAAGCCUGCUGUUGGAGCGGUCCGUGCCGCCCUAGCGUUCUCAAUCCAGCUGCCAACUUGGGUCCGGUGGUACUUAACGUACUCGAGCGAACACCACAAAAAACGGCGCAAGUGAAUGUCGACACCGGUUACACUAUGACCUGUGAUGAAUUACGGCGCCGUUCGGUGCGGCUCGCCAAGUUUCUGAUAGCUUCGGAAUAUCGGGUGGGUGAUGUGAUUGUGCUAAUUGCACGCAACUCGGACAACGUCGCUCCAGUCGUAUUCGGAUGCUUCCUUGCCGGUAUAACGGUCAACACUCUCGAUCCAUCUUUCGGUUUGGAGGAGGUUGAGCACUUAUUGCGGCUUACACGUCCCUUAGCCGUCAUUGGUGAUAGUGACGUUCUGGUACUCGUUGGUGAAGCUGCAUCUCGGUUGGGGCUAUGCUUCAACCACACUUUGUUCCUACUGCAGGAAGUCCAUGGGCGUGAUAUUACGUUACACGAAAGUUGGAUCUCUGUCGAGGCGUUGGUGCAAAGGAAGAUUGAGAACGAGGAUGGAUUCGUUCCUGCGUACUGGGGUGACUCGAACCAGUUGAUUGCUGCUAUCGUGUGUUCAUCGGGAACUACUGGUUUACCAAAAGCUGUUCGAAUUUCACAUGCCCAGCUCAUCGCUCCUUAUCAGCGCGUUAGCCAGCUGGACCAGGACGAUACGCUGUUGUGCUUUAGCACCCUCUACUGGAUAUCCGGCUUGCAGAUAUUGAUGAACGGUGUGCUCAACGGUAUUCGGCGCAUAAUUACGACACAGCCUGCCACACCUGAACUUGCUAUCCAGUUGUGCAAGCGACAUCAUGUAACAGUGAUGCUUGUUACACCCACUAUGGCUAGCGAUAUCGUUAGGACCAUAGCUCCUACCAAACGGCUGGAAUCUGUCAAGCUGUUCGCUAUCGGGGGUAGCACAGUACCGAAGCGGUUACGUGACGAAAUUAACCGACGAGUACUGGUAGCCGGUCGUGGGCGAUCAUUUGUUGGAUACGGUACCAGUGAGACGGGCAAUAUCGCUUAUGAGCUAGUGCCUAGAGAGGACUCUGUUGGUUUUCUGUUGCCGGGCGUCAGAGCAAAGAUUGUUGAUGAAUAUGGGCAACCGAUGGGUCCGAACGAAAAUGGCGAGCUGCUUGUCCGUCCCGUUCACCCGUUCCUUGGGUACCAUGGCGAUGAAUCGUCGAGUAAAGCUGCACUAGAAAAUGGAACGGAAGGUUUUGUGCGUACAGGCGACAUUGCUAGGUUUGAUUCUGAUGGGUUUCUCUAUUUGAUUGAUCGCAAGAGAGAAAUUUUCAAGUACGAUGGUUUCCAGAUCGCACCGACCGAACUGGAGGAGCUAAUUGCUGAGCUCGAGGGAGUGCGAAACGUUGUUGUUGUCGGGCUGCCUGAUCCCGACCGUUGCUAUAAUGAUCUUGCUACAGCGCUUAUUGUACGGGAAUCGAACGAAUCUGCGUCUUUGUCUAAAGCAUUAACCGAGCAAGCGGUGAUAGAUCAUUGCGCCCGUACUGCAGAUGGUCGGGCUAGACCAAAACAGAAAUGGUUACGAGGCGGAGUCAUUUUCGUCGACCAGUUGCCCAUGACCGCAAGCGGAAAAGUUAUGCGGACUGCUGCAAAGCAACUGGCACGACAAUGCAAAUUGCAAAAUUCAGCCCAAUAAAUAGAUGCUUCGAAAAAAACAACACAAAAAUCUUCGAAAGCAAUCAACACAAA